UAAGAGACCGUAUGAGAUUUGCUGUAUCGCCAAAAGUACUAUUUAGCUUUAAAUACUUUAUCACCGGGUGCAAAUACCCAACACAAAGUGUAUUUUACGGCGUGUUGACCGCGUGAACUCAUUUCAUGUCACUUUCUGGGCGCUGCCUGCGAAUAUCCAAGAGCAGCUGAGCAGACCAUGAACCGUGUCCCGCUGCAGCUGCCGCAGAGCUGCGGGCCCUGGGAGCUGAAGGAGCGGCUCGGGACCGGUGGCUUUGGAAAUGUCACACGAUGGCAGAAUAAGGACACUGAGGAGCAGAUUGCCAUAAAGCAGUGUCGUCAGGAGCUGAGUGAGAGAAACAAAGAGAGAUGGUGUCUGGAGAUCCAGAUCAUGAGGAGGUUGGAUCAUGUUAACGUGGUCGCAGCUCGGGAGGUUCCUGAGGGAAUGCGGAGGCUGGUGGCCACCAACGACCUGCCGCUUCUGGCCAUGGAGUACUGCCAGGGAGGCGAUCUGAGAAAGUAUCUCAACCUCCUGGAUAACUGCUGUGGAAUGAGGGAAGGGUCUGUUCUGAUCCUGCUACGUGACAUUUCCUCGGCGCUGACCUACCUCCACAAGAAGAGGAUCAUCCACAGAGACUUGAAACCUGAGAACAUUGUGCUGCAGCAGGGAGAGAAGAGAUUGAUCCAUAAGAUUAUAGAUCUCGGCUAUGCGAAGGAACUGGACCAGAGCAGCCUUUGUACCUCAUUUGUGGGAACUCUGCAGUACCUCGCCCCAGAACUCAUUGAGAGACAGAGAUACACAGUCACCGUGGACUACUGGAGUUUUGGGACUUUGGUGUUUGAGUGUAUCACAGGAUUUCGCCCCUUCUUACCAACCUGGCAACCUGUUCCCUGGCACAACAAGCUGAAGCUGAAAGGGAAUGAUGACAUCGUGGUCUACGAGGACCUCACAGGAGAAGUCCGUUUUUCCAAGCAUCUUCCCCAGCCCAACAGUCUCAACAGUUUGCUGUUAGAGAGGCUGGAGAGGUGGCUGCAGCUGAUGCUGAAGUGGUCUCCCCAGGAGAGAGGCAAAGACCCCGACUCCACACCCAGCGACUGCUUCUCCCAGCUGGAGACCAUCCUGCAGCUCAAGCUGGUUCAUGUCCUGAACAUGGUGUCCGCCAAGAUCCUGACAUACACCGUCUCGGCCAAUGAGACGGUGGCUGACCUGCAGCUGAGAAUAGAAAAAGACACCAACAUCCCUCCAGCCAACCAGGAGCUGCUGCUGGAGGCCGGAUUAGCCUUGGAGCCACAGGGAGAGGCCACGCAGUGCGCCAUAGACUACACAGAGAUAGACGGACGACGGACAGACUUCCCUCUGGUCUUCUUGUUUGAUCGCUCAUCCUGUAAUUAUGAACCCCAGUUUGCCCCUCGCCUCCUCCCUGAAAACAUACGCUUUGUCCAAACGGACCCUUCGCACGUUCUGCCCUACAGCCCUCUGAGGAGGACUUGUGGCCAGGCAUGGCACACCAUCCGCUCCCUGAAGGAAGACUGGCAGAGACUGCAGCAGGGCCAGAAAGCUGCCAUCAUGAGCCUACUGAGACACAACUCAUCACUGUCCAAACAGAAGAAUGAGAUGGUAUCGAUGCACCAGAGACUCACUGCCAAGCUGGACUUCUUCACCACCAGCCUGCACAUAGACAUGGACAAAUACCAGGAGCAGAGAGCCACAGGGAUCGCGUCAGAGAAACUUCUUGGUGUGUGGAGGGAAAUGGAGCAGACUGCUGUCAGCUGUGGUCAGGCCAAGGUGAGCGAGCUGGAGGACGAGAUGAUGCAGCUGCAGACAGACAUAGUGGACCUGCAGAGGCAGCCGUGGCGGAGUGGAGAAGCCCUGGACACACUGGAGGGAAAAGCCAUGGAGCUGUUCCGCAAACUUCGAGAGAAACCUAGAGACCAGAGGUGUCCAGGUGACAGUCAGGAGGUGGUGCGUCUCGUGGUUCAGGCUGUGCAGUUCUAUGAGAGGAAACUCAGAGAUUUCUACACACACCUCAGUAAGACGGUGGUGUGCCGACAGCGUGUGAUGGAGCUGCUGCCCAAGGUGGAGGGAGUGGUCCAGAGGAUGGCGGAGAGCGAGCAAGUCCUCAUGAGUCUGCAAGAGAAACGACAGAGGGAGCUGUGGAACCUGCUGAGAGUCGCCUGUAGUAAAGUUCGCAGCCCGGUGAGUGGCAGUCCUGAUGGGAUACGAACCCCCUCCUCAGUUCCCCCUCUGCUGACCCCCAGACACAGCUUACAGCAGUUUGAUGAGUCCCUGGUGGAGGAGAGCAGGACAUUUGAGAGUCGACUCCAGAGUCUGCUGCAUGAAACCAUCCAGGAGUCAGAGAGCAGUGUGGAGAUGCUGAGAGAGUGGAGGUGGCUCAGCGGAGGGCAGAACUUCUCCAGUGAUCUCUCCUGAGCGCCUCGGGCUCCAGGUGAACGUGGUGCUUUGCUGCCUCUGUGUGGAGAGGCUGACAAACUGCAUCAGGAUGACCUGUGGACCAUUUUGAAGGGAUGCUCCCACUUCACCAGCUGCUGACUGUUACUGGAAGAUAUUUGCUUAAUAAGAUUAGUGACUGGCUGGUUGGCAAGCCUGCUCACUACUCCUGCAUGACCUUUUGUCAGUUUUACCACCAAGUGCGCACUGAUAAACAUCUGUAUAUAUAAUGAAAUGCCUUCUACCUUUGACCAGCAGUGAUAUUAAAGGAAUAGCUUAGAGCAGGAUCUUAUUAUUUUAUCCGCAUACUACUUUAUAAAUUUUAAGUAACUUUCAAGUCAUUUUAGUGGUCAAGUUGCACUCUGUCCUGCCUAGAACAAAUAUUGUACCAGCUGAUGUGUGUAUGAAAACAAAAUCCAUCUUGUGUAAAUAUAAUCUCAGCCUAGGUGUGUGGAGAAACGCUUGCAGUGUUCAAACGGAUUGAAACCAGAUUUGCUUUAAAGCCGUGGGCAAAGUGAUGUUUUAUGUUCAUCUAAAAACAAGAUUUGCUCAUCAAUGAAAUGUGACUCUGUGUUAAGUCUUAUCCAGAAAUAUCUCGUAAUUGUCUCUCAGUGUUUGUAGCCGCAGUGUAUCUUUAUUUGCAUUUUAGUUUGUAAUUUUUGCUACAUUUCUCUACAUGGUGGACUUCUGUCAAGAUACAGACUCUAUUUUUCUAAGAUCAGGGUUGUGAUUAAAAUUUGGCUAUCAUGUACUGCCAUGCAAAUAGCUUGAGUUUGUGCUAUGUAAAAAUUCAUUGUGCCUAAGUGUGUAUUAAGAUUUCUCACUGGAAUUCAUUUUUAAUUCAGUAUUUUGUGCCCAUUGGUGUUGUGCCCAUUGGAAAAUGUAUAUAACGAGUCAUGUUUGUUGUGGUCUUGCAACUAUUUUAGUUUGUGCCUUUUGCAUCGGUGGCAUUGUGGGGAUAUUAGUCCCGUGAGCCUGCCUGCCAGUCAGGAGAAACAAAGACGUCAGUGAAAGCUGAUCUCACUUUGUUGAAGAUGAUGAAGCUGCGGGCAGAAACCAGUGACUUCAGGUCUAAAACUUGAUUUUGAAAGAUAGGGGGCAUAGGGGCUUAAAUCCAUGCAGGGUCAACUCUGUACCUUGUAGCUGAGUGUUGAAAAUUGCUCACGAAUUUCCACUCUACCUACAUUAGCUGACAUUUUCUCUUCAUUUGAAUUCAAAGGUGAACCCCCAUCUUCUUGCGACUGGAAGAAUAAAGUCAUGCACAACAGCCAUGAUGUGCAAACUGUGCUGCAUGCCCCUCUUAAUCCAAACUGGUGAAACUUUAUAGAUGUACAUUGUGAAAAGUGUUGGAUGGUGUUACAUGAUGCCAAAUGUCUGUGAUGUCCUGUUGUCUUUAUUCGUGCAUGUAUUAGAACAUUGAUAGCUGUGAGAUUAUCAUUUUGUGACGAUUGUAAAACAAAGCUGAAUGUUGUAUUUUGAAUGCAAUGAUGUAUUGUACUGGGAGAAGUGUUUAUUAUGUUCUCAUUUCCCUGGAAAUAGAUGCGCAAACUGUCUUCCUUUCCUUCACCCAUUUCUUGUGAACCAUAAUUACAAAGCAGUGGAGAAAUUAUUGUACAUAACUCAAAUAGACACUGAUGGACAGCACAGUGUUUGACAUUCUUUAUUCCAUGAAUUCAAUAAAAUCAGUUGGAGGUCCUAAA